AUGUCUUUGUGUAUUGUCCCUAAAAACAGAAGGGAAGAGGUGGGUACAGGAAGUGAACAGAGAAAGCUUCAACCCAGUCAAGAACCUGGUGUUAAACUCUGGACUGCGUUCUUUCUGAGUGUAGCCACCAUUGCAGUUUGUAAUAAAACUGCCAGCUCCUCAGUCAGCUACGACUUAGGAUUUCUGACCAGAAUGGCGCCAACAUUGUUUGAGUCCUUUAUUUUACUUCUCCUCAUUCUGCCACGCACUAUCCGAGCAAUCCUUCCCACUACGACUGCUACGCCUACGGCUCCUACUUCUGGUACCACCACGGUAUCAACCACCCCUUCCUCCACCUCUCCUCCCAUUUCUCCCACUCCCACCCUUACACCUACUCCUACACCUACUCCCACACCUACUCCUACACCUACUCCCAGCGCCACCACUCAGGCCAUUACGCCACCUCCCAUCCCACCUCUGCCACCCUUCCCAUGGUUUUCACAAUACACCUCACAAAGCACCACACCAGAGGCAGGAACCACGAACACACCGGCUCCGGAGACCACACAACAACAAGCAACAUUAGGAUUUACAAUCCCACCGCUGCCGCCAUUUCCGUGGAGUCCGCCAUUUCAGAACCCCACAUUGCAACCACCUACAACCACCACCACAGCUACUACUACGCGUAGGAUCUCGCCGUCUUUUACCUGGGGGUGGCCUUUCGUCACCCCUGCAACAUCCCAACAGGCAACAACCCCUCCAUCAGUCAUUACAACUCCGAUGUCAUGGCCGUGGAAUCCCUUCCCUUUCUCUUUUCCGUUCCCCUUUACACAACAACCCAUAACUACUACUUCAACCACUACUACACCAGAUCCUCUAGCAUGGUUCUUCAUGUUGCUAGGAAACAACCAACAAACAAAAAACAACCACGACCACCACCCCAGCGCCACCUGUGAAUAG